AUGCGCGGGGCAGCAGCGCGCGACGCGCAGGCUGCCGUAGGGCGCGACGCGCAAGGCCGCAGCACGGGCGUAGGGCAGGGUGCAGGCGCAGGGCAGGGCGCUGGCGUAGGGCAGGGCGCUGGCGCAGGGCAGGGCGCUGGCGCAGGGCAGGGCGCCGGCUUCGCUAUCCCGUCGCCCUUCCUCUCUCUCGCCGCCCUUCCUGUCUCCCGUCGCCCUUCCUCUCCCGUAGCCCUACUUCUCUCUCCUCCUGCCGCCCUCGCAUCUCAUCGCGAUCGCGUUCUCCGCGCACUCCCGUCACCUUUCCCCUUUCCUCUCGCCCUUCCUGUCACUGUCGGCACCACGAAACGCUCUCAAGUAGUCACCAUCACGCUCCUCUCUACCCGCGCCUCUCAUCCUUCCGUCGCCGUCGACCUCCCUCUCCCUUCCGUCAUUGUGUUCGUCACUCUCACGCCCUCGCAUCCCCCGUCGCCCUUUCCUCUCUCUCGUCGCCCUUCCUCUCUCCCAUCGCGCUUCCCUCUCCCAUCGCCCUUCUCUUUCCCGUCGCGCUUCCUCUGUCCCGUCGCCUUUCCUCUCUCCCGUCGCCUUUCCUCUCCCCCCUCGCCCUUUCCCUCUCCCAUCGCCCUUCCUCUUUCCCCUCGCCCUUUCCUCUCCCGUCGCCUUUCCCCUUUCCCCUCGCCCUUCCUCUCUCCGUCACCCUUCCUCUUACCCUUGCAAUCCCUUCCCUUCCCCACAAUAUCGCCAUCCCCCUUUCCUUUCGAUCAGCCUACCUUUCUUCCAUCCCCUCUCGUCGCCCUUAUGACCUCCCCUACCUUCCCGUCUUCUUGUUGUUCUCCCAUCCCCUCUCUUCGCCCUCGGUGUCUCCGCUCCCCUCCUGUCUUUCUUCCUCUCUUCGCUCCCCUAACGUCGCUCUUCCCAUCUCCGCUUCCAUUCCCGUCGUUGUUCCUCUCGCCCUUCCUGUUUCCCGUCGUUAUUCCUCACUGA